CGGCCCGAGCGGCGUGUCCCGAGCGGGCUUCCGUCGGGCUCUGAACCGGGCCCGGGAAAAGCAGGGGCCGGUGCCUGGACCCGCAGCAGGAUGUGCUCCCUGGCGCUGUUCCCGCCCCCGCCUGCCCCCGGAGAUGUCACCCUGUACGAAUUUAACAACGCGCUGGUCUCCGGCCACAUCUACGAGAAGCUCCCGCUCGCUUUCCAAGACCAGUUGGCUGAUCUGCCUGUCUUAACCAUCCCCAAGGAAACUCUGAAAGCUCACAGCCGGCUGGAGCAUAGCACAAAACCCGCCUUCAUCCACCACCAGGAGACCCUCUGGAAGAGAUGUCUCAAUGCCUGGCGCGAUGUGGGAAUGUGUGGGGUGCUUAACGAGAUAGCAAAUGCGGAGGAGGCAGAUCUCCAGUGGAUGAAAACAGGAUCACGCUGGGCUUUGGCUCUGUGCCACUGGGUCUCCUCUCUCCACGGCUCCCUGUUUCCUCAUUUGUCUCUGUGCAGUGAAGACAUGAUUGCGGAGUUCUCCCAGGCGGUGGACUGGGCUGGCUGCUCCAUCCGGGCUUUUGCCUGGCACCCUCACACCAGCAAGUUUGCGGUGGCCCUUUUGGACGACUCCAUCCGAGUUCACAACACAAACAGGUCUCCCCACUCUCCAAGUGGGUCCCAGCUGGCAAGUAAAGGCAUCCUUAAAAGAAGACUCUCCCAGCUCAUUCUGAAAUGCUGCCGGCUUUCCCCUUCACAGGCUGCAUCCCCCGGCUGGACUUUCAUGCCAGCAAGUGCCAAAUCACACCCAUUAACAGCUGGGACUAGGCUGCAGGCAGCACCGGGCAUGUCCCCUGAACAAUCUAGUGCUACGAUCCCCAUCCUGAAACAUCGUUUGCAGAGGAAUGUGGCCUCGAUGGCGUGGAAGCCACUCUCUGCAUCCAUCCUCGCCGUAGCAUGCCAGAGCUGUGUCUUGCUUUGGCACUUGGAUCCUACUUCCCUUUCCACCAGGCCUUCGUCUGGCUGCGCCCAGGUGCUCGCCUACCCCGGUCACAGUCCCGUCACCAGCCUGGCAUGGGCCCCCAGUGGAGAGAUGCUGCUCUCGGCCUCGCCUGUUGAUACUGCCAUGCUUGUGUGGGAUGUGUCCACGGAAAACUGUGUCCCGCUGCAGUGGUUUGGAGGGGGUGGAGUCACUUACCUUGCUUGGUCACCUGAUGGCAGCAAGGUGCUAGCAGCCACACCCUCAGCAGUGUUCAGGGUUUGGGAAGCUCAAAUGUGGACGUGUGAGAGGUGGCCCACCAUCAAGGGGCGCUGCCAGACAGGAUGCUGGAGCCCGGACGGCAGCCGAUUGCUCUUUACGGUCCUGGGGGAGUCGGUCAUUUACUCCUUGUCCUUCUCUGAGUACAGCGGCGAGAUGCAAGGGCAAGUAGGAGGAUCAAAAACGGCUUCUAUUGUGGCAGACCUGUCAGAGACCACCUUUGAAACACUGUAUGGGGAGGAGAGGAUCGGAGGGGAAGUGCACUCCAUGGUCUGGGACCCCAGCGGCGAGAGGCUUGCGGCUCUCGUCAGAGGGAAUCCCGAAAGCCCUGAAAGCAGGACGAUCAUUGCUGUGUUUCGUACCCGCAAUAGCCCCGUGUUCGAACUCCUGCCAUGUGGCUUCUUGCAGGGGGAGCCAGGGGCAGAGCCGCAGUUGAUCACUUUCCAUCCCUGCUUUAAGAAAGGUGCCCUCUUGACUGUGUGCUGGUCUACAGGGAAGAUCAGCCACAUCCCGUUUUACUUCAUCAGCGCCCAGGUCCCCUGCUUUAGCCCCAGCCACAGUCCCGUUGUGGCCCUGAGCGGCAGCAGCGCCAGCGUGCGGGAGCAGCCCUUGUUUUCGGAGCUGUGAAGAGCGGAGCGGGGGACCCUUGGGCCGGGCUCCAUUUAAACCCUGCUGGGCUCAUGCUACCUGUGCUGUUUAAGGAGUUCCUUUUCGUCCCGCUGCUGGGUAACCAUGGUGCUCACGCCCUCUAAUGGUUACUCCACCCCAACACAUCCAUUGGGAUCAGCUAUUGGGGCAGCAUAUGCUGGGCACUGAUGGAUUGUAUCAUUUGUCAAGAGAGCCCCGAGUCUGGUAGGGGAGCAGUUUUUUGUUUGCAGUAUAAGGAGCCAGCCCAGGGCGCGAGGCCCUGCUUUGUAAAGCGCUUGGUGCUGUCCGGAUUAAAGAUCACACUUCCAUUCUGGCUCCCGUUCUCGUGCACCUCCCAGUGUGACCUGAAUGGCACUUGCUCUGCAUCCACAGCAGCACAAGCGCUGCACUCUGGUGUUUGCACUGGGGUGGCUCAGAGCCCCAGAGCUAUUUAAUCCCAGGAGCUGCUCCGGGCAGGUUUCCACGUGCCUUUCAUCUGCAGCCACCUGGCCUCAGCACUGCACUUGGUCACAAACGGGGCAAGUGUUUACAGCUUGAGUCUGUUCUGCUGCGUGGGUGCAGGCAUGACAACUGAGCAAGGGGUCAGACCUGCUUGGAGCUAGGGGGCCUGUUCCUAUUAGGCACUGCUGGAGGGCUUUACAAACAAGUGACAUCUCUGCACCAGGUCAGUAUUCUCCCUGUUGGGCUAAACGAAGCAUAGAGUGUGGCUCUCCAGCCCCUCUAGUUUCUGGAUUACAUAGGGGCGUCCGUCACAGCCUGAGCGCACUUGGGUCUUUCUGUACAGCCAGUGAAGGCUUCCAGUUUGGCAUCUAAAAGAUCCUGGGUUAAAUCCCUCACACUGACAAUUCUCCCAUAGGUGUCCUGUUACUUAGAGGUGGGCAAGUGUUGGUGUGGAACCUGAGAGUCCUCCGCCUGUGACAUGACUUCCUUUCUGUAUGUUGGAUUUGGAUGCCCUGUUCUUGUUAAUGGGAAUCUGCUAGGCAGCUCUGAAACAUCUCAGUCCAUUGUACGUAACAGAGCUCCAUGAGAUCAGAGAGAAUUCUCAGCCCCCAAGCCAGAGUCUCGCAUGUCCAGGGCUAGUUCAUAGGGGGAGAGAGAGGUGGUGUGGAGAGAGAAUUCUGAAAUUAAACGAAUUAAAGUUUGGUUAAAAAAAUGACAUAUUUGCUUUAUAAUUCGUGGCUAGCAGGGAGAAGGCCACAACCAGCAAGUAGAAGAAAGCUGUGAGAAUAAUUAGUAUUACUUGUAGUGUGGGAAGGAUGUGUGGUUCCAAAAGUAACUAAUGUAAUAGAGCUGCCGUAACGAGACAAAAACUGUCUUAAAAGAAACCAGUGCAAACCUUCCCACGCUCUGCUGGUAGACAAGGAGGGGAGAGGCGCUAACAAGGGAAGACAUUGGAGGGAGGAAAGUACCAAGGAUAAAUUGCUUCAGCCUCCAUUUUUGCUAAAGCUAGUAAGUUAGCUGAAGGGUAUAAAGAGGGUAUGAAGGUUCUUUGUCAGACCCAGCCUGAUCACGCUGAAGCACACCAGGGUGAGAUGGUUUUCCCUCGGUCUGGCCCAUUUGUAAGUAUCCUAAUCACAUGCUUCUGAAUACUUUGUUCCUGUAUUGAGAGUCGGAUUGCUUGUUUUUUGACUGUUGAGCAUGUUUAGAACCAUUGUAUAAAAUACCAUUUGGCCUUUGGAAUUAAUAAAGGAAUUUAUGGUUGAA